AUGCACCUCUACCGAAGAUCAUCAAGAGUCCAAUCUGCCGUUCACUGUUUGACAUCAAACAGAUCAGCAAACAUUAGGUCCCCUCCCAGUGCCCUGGGAUAUCAGUAUCAACAGCAAAGCCGCAACUUUGGCAAAGAAAUGAAAGAUGAAUAUGGGAGUAUGACUUCUGAGGGUGAAACAUUUGAAGCGAAAGAUUUCGUCUUGGAAAGUGGUGCAUCAUUGCCUCAAGCGCAGCUUCGAUAUCAAACGUAUGGCAACCUCAACCAAAGGAAGGACAAUGUAAUCGUUGUUUGUCACGCAUUGACAGGAAAUGCAAGUCUUCAUGCGUGGUGGGGUGAGCUACUGGGAAAGAAAAAGGCUUUUGAUACUGAAAAAUAUAUGAUUGUAUGCUGUAACAUCCUUGGAAGUUGUUACGGGUCGACCAAUCCACAAUCCAUCGACCCAACAACGGGAUCCACUUACGGCAAAAAGUUUCCUGAUAUUUCAGUCAAAGAUACAGUGAAAUUUCAGUUAAAACUUCUGAAGGAGGAGCUUCAAAUUUCUUCGAUCAAGGCCGUAGUCGGAGGGUCUUUUGGUGGUAUGCAAGCAAUGGAAUAUGCAAUCCAGGCUGGUUCACAAGUUGGAGAUUAUUUCUCCGAAGACGGAUCACCGUAUAUCAGAUCUGUUGUUCCAAUAGCGUGUGGAGCGUAUCACACAGCUUGGCAAAUAGCGAUAUCAGAAGUUCAGCGGCAAGCGAUAUAUGCAGAUCCAAUGUGGAAGGAAGAUCCAUUUCAAGCAACCACUGGACUUGAGAUUGCGAGGCAAUUAGGUAUGAUCAGCUAUAGAACACCGCAAGGAUAUCAAAAAAAGUUUGGGAGGAAGCUACGGUCAGAUAAUACACCGCUCUAUGGAUCCCAGGCACUGUGGCAAGUCAAGUCAUAUCUAGAGUAUCAGGGAUUGAAGUUUAUCGAUCGAUUCGAUCCGGUGACUUAUGUCAAGCUGACAGAGCAAAUGGAUUCGCACAACAUUGCGAGAAAUCGCGCAGCGACGGUGGAAGAGGCAUUGAACAUGAUCGAGAUACCAAUGUGUGUCCUAGGGAUUGACAGUGAUGUACUCUACCCCCUUUCGGAUCAAGAAGAAAUUGCUGCGAGCGUCCCUAAAUCAGAACUCAAGAUUAUCAAUUCUAACGAUGGCCAUGACGGAUUUCUACUUGAGCAAGACCAAGUAGCGCGGCACAUCGUAAACUUUUUGACUGCCAUAAAAUAG